UUCUCUCUCUCCCUCCUCCCUCGCUCCCUCCUUCCCUCCCUCCCCGGUUGCCGCCGCCGUCAGUGGUGCCCGGACGCCGGCUGCACCGCAGCCCGGGCUGUCCCCGGCGUCCUGCCACCGCCCUUUCUCCCCCGCCUCCGCCUUCCUCUCCCUCCCCGAGUCCCCUCCCGCAACUCAAGGUUUACUCGGCUGGACACUGUGUGUGUUUGGAUUUCUCAAGGAUUCUCCCCCGACUAACAUGGAUGUCCCACCAUUCCUUGCAGUUGAAGGUUGCUCCUUGGCGCAGUGAAUGAAGAACAUGCAGGGAUUGCUAAUGGGUUUGGGAAGCGUAGACUCUCUGCUCUGUCUGUGACCAUGCCGUGAUCGUGUCUGAGGGCCAUCAGUUUACGUAUCCUCAUUCUCACCCUACCGGGAAACCUGACGGCUUAGAAGGGGGAAGUAAGGCAGCGCGUGUGUGCAUAGAAACAUCAUGAAGAUUAUUUCCCAUAUUGUAACUAAUUCAGUCUUCAGAUGCACCAUUAGACUCCUUCUCUCCUUACUGUGGAUUGGAUAUUCUCAAGGAACCACACAUGUAUUAAGAUUUGGAGGCAUUUUUGAGUGUGUGGAAUCUGGUCCAAUGGGAGCAGAAGAAUUAGCCUUCAGAUUUGCUGUGAACACAAUCAACAGAAACAGAACUCUUCUGCCAAACACCACAUUAACAUAUGACACACAAAAGAUAAAUCUCUAUGACAGUUUUGAAGCAUCCAAAAAAGCCUGCGAUCAGCUGUCCCUUGGGGUGGCAGCCAUCUUCGGACCAUCCCACAGCUCCUCGGCUAACGCUGUGCAGUCCAUCUGCAACGCUUUGGGAGUUCCACAUAUCCAGACCCGCUGGAAACAUCAGGUGUCAGACAACAAGGACUCCUUCUAUGUCAGCCUCUAUCCGGAUUUCUCUUCACUCAGCCGUGCCAUCCUUGACCUUGUGCAGUUCUUCAAGUGGAAGACAGUUACUGUUGUUUAUGAUGACAGCACUGGUCUCAUUCGAUUACAAGAGCUCAUCAAGGCUCCAUCACGAUACAACCUAAGACUAAAAAUCCGUCAGUUACCAGCUGACACAAAAGAUGCAAAGCCAUUGCUAAAGGAGAUGAAAAGAGGCAAAGAAUUCCAUGUAAUCUUUGACUGUAGCCAUGAAAUGGCAGCAGGCAUCUUGAAACAGGCUUUAGCUAUGGGGAUGAUGACAGAAUAUUAUCACUAUAUCUUUACCACACUGGACCUGUUUGCCUUGGAUGUGGAGCCCUAUCGGUACAGUGGGGUUAAUAUGACUGGAUUCAGAAUUCUAAACACGGAAAAUACCCAGGUGUCAUCGAUCAUUGAAAAGUGGUCUAUGGAGCGCUUGCAAGCACCCCCAAAGCCUGAUUCAGGUUUGCUGGAUGGAUUUAUGACGACGGAUGCAGCACUGAUGUAUGAUGCUGUCCAUGUGGUGUCCGUGGCUGUCCAGCAGUUCCCACAGAUGACUGUGAGCUCGCUGCAGUGCAACCGCCACAAGCCAUGGCGCUUUGGUACCCGCUUCAUGAGUCUCAUCAAGGAGGCCCACUGGGAAGGUCUCACAGGCAGGAUAACUUUCAACAAAACUAAUGGCUUAAGGACAGAUUUUGAUUUGGACGUCAUCAGUCUCAAAGAAGAAGGUCUUGAAAAGGUUGGAACUUGGGAUCCAUUGAGCGGCCUUAAUAUGACAGAGAAUCAGAAAGGAAAACCAGCAAACAUCACAGAUUCCCUGUCCAAUCGUUCUUUAAUUGUUACUACCAUCUUGGAAGAGCCAUAUGUUAUGUUCAAGAAGUCUGACAAACCCUUGUAUGGAAACGACCGUUUCGAAGGUUAUUGUAUUGACCUCCUCAGGGAGCUGUCUACUAUCCUUGGAUUUUCCUAUGAGAUUAGACUGGUGGAAGAUGGAAAAUAUGGAGCCCAAGAAGAUGCCAGCGGACAGUGGAAUGGAAUGGUUCGUGAACUAAUUGAUCAUAAAGCUGACCUUGCAGUUGCACCAUUGGCAAUUACCUAUGUUCGUGAGAAGGUCAUCGACUUUUCCAAGCCCUUUAUGACUCUUGGAAUAAGUAUUUUGUACCGCAAGCCCAAUGGUACAAACCCGGGCGUCUUCUCCUUCCUGAAUCCUCUCUCCCCUGAUAUCUGGAUGUAUAUUCUGCUGGCUUACUUGGGUGUCAGUUGUGUGCUCUUUGUCAUAGCCAGGUUUAGUCCCUAUGAGUGGUAUAAUCCACAUCCUUGCAACCCUGAUUCAGACGUGGUGGAAAACAAUUUUACCUUGCUAAAUAGUUUCUGGUUUGGAGUUGGAGCUCUCAUGCAGCAAGGUUCUGAGCUCAUGCCUAAGGCCCUCUCCACCAGGAUAGUGGGAGGCAUUUGGUGGUUUUUCACACUUAUCAUCAUUUCCUCGUACACUGCUAACCUAGCCGCCUUUCUGACAGUGGAACGUAUGGAGUCCCCUAUUGAUUCUGCUGAUGAUUUGGCCAAGCAGACAAAGAUAGAGUAUGGGGCAGUUGAAGAUGGAGCAACCAUGACUUUUUUCAAGAAAUCCAAAAUCUCCACUUAUGACAAGAUGUGGGCCUUCAUGAGCAGCAGGAGGCAGUCAGUACUUGUCAAAAGUAAUGAAGAAGGUAUCCAACGUGUGCUUACCUCUGAUUACGCGUUUUUAAUGGAGUCGACAACCAUUGAGUUUGUCACACAGAGGAACUGUAACCUAACACAGAUUGGAGGCCUGAUAGACUCCAAAGGUUACGGCGUUGGAACUCCCAUGGGUUCUCCAUAUAGAGACAAGAUCACUAUUGCAAUUCUUCAGCUACAGGAAGAAGGCAAGCUCCAUAUGAUGAAAGAGAAAUGGUGGAGAGGCAAUGGUUGUCCAGAAGAAGAAAGUAAAGAGGCCAGUGCUUUGGGAGUUCAAAAUAUUGGAGGAAUCUUCAUCGUACUGGCAGCAGGAUUGGUGCUUUCUGUCUUUGUGGCAGUUGGGGAGUUUUUGUAUAAAUCAAAAAAAAAUGCCCAGUUGGAAAAGAGGUCCUUCUGUAGUGCCAUGGUAGAGGAGUUAAGGAUGUCUCUGAAGUGUCAGCGUCGAUUAAAACACAAGCCACAGGCCCCUGUUAUUGUGAAAACAGAAGAAGUUAUCAACAUGCACACGUUUAACGACAGAAGGUUGCCAGGUAAAGAAACCAUGGCAUAGAGCUGGGAAGCCAAAUACCCCAAGCACAAACUGUCGUCUUUUUUCCGAACAACCUUGCGAGAAUGUUUCCUGUGGAAAUAUGCAACAAGUGCAAAAUAAAAUGAGUUACCUCAUGCCGCUGUGUCUAUGAACUAGAGACUCUGUGAUCUCAGCAGUUGCAAUGGCCAGACUCGAAUCACAAGCAUCAUGGAUCAACCAAGUUAUGCAGGGUUACACUGUUUGUCAUGGGUUUCCACCAUUCUGAAUGAAUUAAUGAAUGAAUGUUCCAUGUGAGUUUUGUGGCUGGUUUCAAAUGCAGUCUCAGUGAGAAGUUACAGGUUCCUUUAGAUGCUCAACGGUUGCCAGAAAAGGGAGAAUAAAUGCCCAAGAUAAUACAAACCACAGAAGGAGUCUAGUUAAAGUAAUGUCUCAGAACUGUAGUGGAACAAGAAACCAUAUGUUCUUCUGAACUUCCCAGCACAGAAAAGUUGGUAACUGCUGGUAGACUGAAUCUGCCGUCUGGACAAGGCGAUAUGAUCUUCCUCGAUGGCAGAAAUGUUAAAAGUAAAGAAAUAUGAAUCCCAUGAAUAGAAGAAUAAAUAUGAAGAUGCUCACCUGCUUUUUUUUUUUUUUGUUACACUGAACUAAGUAAAUAAAUAAUAAUUACAAAAAAAAAAAAAAAAAAAACCAAAAAAAGGAAAGGGAAUUUAGCUGGGUUGAAACUUUGAUCUAAAAAACAGACAAAAAUAUUUCCAGAAUUUGGACCCAAUUUUUUGAUGAAUGAAAGUUUCCUUAGUACAAAGGAAUGUUUCUUACAACCUUUAGAUAUAAAAAAUUAAUUUUCUUUUCUACAAUUGUGAAAAGAGGGAGGGAGGUGGGAAGCAAUGUAUUUCACACAUAGAGGGUUUGCAUUUUAACCUGAAUGGGUAUUGAAACACUUGUUCCUGCUACUAAUUGAACUCAAUGGAGCCUGUGCAAUUCUCACUAAUGUUGGAAGAGGGAUGGGUCACCUAAAAGAAGUGAAUGUCAAGAAUUUAAAGGAGGACUGCAUUUUUCAAUACAGUCACAGUACAAAAUGGGCAAAAUUCUUGAGCAGUUUUUUUUUUUUUUUCCAAAAAAAAAAAAAUGUUCAGGUUUAUUUGUGGAAAUGCAAGAUUUCUAUGAAAAUAGUUUUUGUAUGGAAAUUUUUGUAAUACUUUUUAUCAACAAAAUAAGAACAUGUGUUUCUGCCAGGGGUGUGAUGCCAAGCAUGAGUGGUAGUGUGUGCGCACCACCAACGUUUGGUGAAAACUAUUUUUAUCAUGAAAAAGGAAUCUUAGAAGAGACAUAUUUUCAAGUUAUAUAAUAUUAAAAAAUAGGUGCACUACCACCACUGCUUACCAUGCUACACCCCUGGUUUCCACUAAGCUGAUAACAUGCUGUCAUGAACAAUUGUGUGUAAAUGGUAAAAGACACAGACCUCUUGACCACAUUGUGAUAGAAAUUAAUAUACACUCAGUUUGCUGUUUGAAUCCAAUGCACAAAAUUAAAAAAAAAAAAAAGAAAAAAAAGAAAAAAGAAAGAAUUACAUUUAUGUCAGUUUUAGUUUGUUUGGUUUUGCUGUGUGAUUUGAGCAACAUAUGUGCAGUACUUUGUGUCAGUACUGGUACUUAGCUUCAGCUUAGUGCCCUAUCCUGACGAUUCUUGCCACUAAAUUUGUGACAAGAAAGUUUGCUAGGAUUUCUGACAGAAGCCAUUACAGCACAUUGUGAUAAUAUUUGCAGGAUUUGGUUCUUAGCUGCUUCAAAGCUAACUUAUAUGUCCUGACUGUGGUGAGUUCCUGGACACAACAUUUUGAAAUACUGCCCUACAGAUGCUGAAUCUUGCACCUCUGUCUACUGUAAAUUUAUUUGUAUCUCAACAUGAAAUGUAUAGUAUGGACUAUGUAGGAAUGUUAAGACAAAGAAAAAAGGUUAUGAAGAUGGUCUUUACAUAGAAAAAAAUUUAAUUUGUCUUUAACCCCCAAAAACAUUAAAAUAUCCCCCCAAAAAACACUGAAAUAAUUAUAAAUAAUAAACCAUUAGUGAGUAAAGAGAUUGGUUGUUUGCUCAGGCUUAAUUUCAUUCUAUUAUAAACUUUAUGGCACAGAAAUAUAAGAGAUAUCAUCCAAACUGUAGAAAAUAUAUCAUGAAAUUUGGGGGUAAAUGGGAGGUUUGUGUCUACUACCCAGUUAUCAUAAAUCUUCACAGAGAUUGAGCUGGCCAUUUUCAUGUGAGCAGGGACUGAGAAAGCAAAUUCUCUUAUAUUUGUGAGUUUCAUCCCCAUUUAUGUGAUAACAAAAAACAGUUUAUCUUUGUCUGAAGUAUAAAGAAGAUAAAAACACUUUAAGCAAUUUUUCUGGAAAUGGGUAAACUUACAUAUUUUUAUUUAAGUUAAUUCUUUAACACACAAAAGGGAAAAGAGUAACUGUCAUAACACAAUGAAAACUCCUAAUUAUGAUGUCUUGGAAUGGAAAAAAAUUGGCUAUUGCAUUUGAUUGAUGAUUUACAAUAAAAUUUGUAAAAUCAUGAAAUAAAAUACUGUAUUAUAUUCAAAUACACCGUUCUUUUCUCCAUUGAGAAUCUUGAAAUAAGCAGGAUUUCAUUCUCACCUUGAUGCAAAUAUUUCAUUGGGUCAAAAUCCCUCAAGGAGCAAAAUUUCUAUCAGAUGUAGUGUGGUUUAAUUUAUAUUUUGGUCAGAAUUUCAGAAUUCCAUUAUUGAGAGAAAUAUGCAAAGUAACUGGAGAUUUCUAUUAAAGAUCAAGAUUAGAAAUGCAUGGUUCCACAGAUUCAUAGUAGGAUAAUGCUUUUUUUUUAACAAUCAUGCACUAAGUCAUGUUGUUACUUUGUUGUACAUUAGUAAUUAUUUCUCUAUCAAGACAUUUGCAGAGAAUUGUCUUAUAAAGAUCUGAUCCUCAAAAGGAGGAAAUGUAGAGUAGUCUUGUACGUCAAAAAGCUAAAGUUAUUUCAAUUUCUUCAAAAGUUUAUUUUUUUUUCACUGCUGUGAAAAAAAAAAAAAAAAAAACAAUUCUGAAGAAAAAUUCCUUGUUCUGAAAGACCUCUGAAAGGCUCGUCCCCUAACUCUCAUGCUGUAUAAAUCUCUAUACUGUCAUUAAAAUUGGUGGAACUUCCCAGCAAAAAGGAAGAGAUUAUCUGGCCCAUGAAGAUUUGGAAUCCAUAUAUAACUGCUUUAUGUGAUUUCAUAUAACAGCCUAAUUACUCUCCUGAUUUCUCAGGACAGCAUGAUGGGUACUUCUCUGACUGACCUCAAAUGUCACUCUAGAGAAUAAUUUUAAAGCAGUUAUAGUUCAGUGAAAUGGCGCUGCCUGGUGGACGACAGUUGCAGGUAAAAAUUGAACAGGACUUUUUUCCCCCUUCAAUGAAAAUAGACAUCUAUAAUCUUUAGGACACAAAAGACAGGUCAUUAAGGUCUUCAGGUUGCCUCAGCAUGGUUGUAUAGCAAUAGAUAACUAGAAAAAAGGACAAAACCCCUUUUGUACUGUUGAUAAAUGACAUUUGUGAAGGACUGGUAGUGAAAGUUAUGAGCCAAAUGGUUGGAUGAAAUCAAGAGAUCUCUGGUGCUUAAUAGUAAAUGAGGAUUUGUCCCAUUAUAGACAUCAGCAGGCCUUUUUAAUGGUAUUCUCCUUUUAUAUAAAUAUAAGUAUAGACAUAUACAGGGAGUAUCUGGCAGAUUUUAUAUGUGAUAUUUCUUUCUGAAAUUUCUGUCUCAAUUUUCAGUUGAAGAAUUCAGUAUAGAUUUGAAAUAACCUUUUCUUUCAUUUUAUUAUUAAUUGAGGCUCUGUUCAUUAAUCUUUUCUGGUUUCAUCCACAGAGUGGAUGAAAAUAACUCCCCCAAAAUAACUCAGUUUAGUCCUACUACACUAACUUGUUAAUAUUUCAGGAUUGAAAAAAACAUAGCUUAUGAUGGAAAAAGACAUAUUGUGCCAAAAUCCAAAGCCGCAAAUAGGAGAAAUGCCCUAAUAGUCUACAAACUAAAAAUAUUUUUGGGUAAAAGGGAUCAUGAGCAGAGGUAAUAUCACACUAAGAAAUAAAACAUUAUGCUAUAAAAUAAUGUUUUAUUGCUUUUAUAUUAAGGAUAUUAGAAAUAUUUCAGGCAUAAAUUCACUUCGUCUCCAAAUACAUCAACAAAUACAAAAUAAGAUAACUGAAAUACUCAUUUGAAAGAAGUGUCAAAACUCCUACUUAAGAGAAAUCAAACUUUUAUCCAAUACAGUCUCAAAUGUGUACGGAUAUAAUAUUUAAGGCACAGCUAGGUGCACAGAAGCAUUUGUGUUUCUGUCAGAUUUUCAAGGAUGUAAAGAGAAACAAGGGUUGCUGAGGUUGACUUCUCUUACUGCUUUCCAACCUCAAACAUGCUAAUGUCCUGUUCCUUUCCACUCUUGCCUCUCUGCCUUCCUACAUGCACCUCUGACACUAUGAAAUUUAUUUUCAAAGCCCUUUACUUCUGGCUUUCCUUUAAAUCAAGUUCUAAUUUAAAAUAAAGUUAUCCAAACACCUCAUCACCCCAGUUUGUAUCCACCAAGAUAAAAACAUUAGCUUUUUAUGUGACUGUAAUCUAAUUGUCUUUAUUUUCAUUUACUACCCCUCUCUGUCCCCUGCCUGUGUUAUCUUCUCCUGUUGUUCUUGUGCUUGCCUAGACUGUAAGCUCUUAGGGGGCAGGGAAUCUGUCUUUGAUUUGUUCUAUGUAGCACCAUGAACUAUGGAGCUAUAUAAAUAAUAAAAAAUGUAGAUCUUCUUAAAUGA